AUUCCUUUUUUUUUAUUAUUCCUUUGCCGAAUUAUGGAACCAUUAAUCGUGCAAAACUUUGUGCAGAAUUAAUUGCUUUCUUCAAUGGGUUUCAAUUUAGUCUUUCGAUCUCUACAAGAGGUCUUUCCGCAGGUUGAUAUACGACUGCUAAAGGCUGUUGCUAUUGAACACUCCAAGGAUGUUGAUGCUGCAGUGGAGUGUAUUCUUUUUGAGGUUCUUCCUUCUCUCCCCUGCUCAUCUGAGUCACAUCAUAUUCCCUCUGAUAGUCAGGAUGUUAAACAUUUGAUUGUUGGAGAAGAGGAGCCAGAGCUUCGAAGGGUAGUUGAAGGAGCAAGUGCAGGUUCAACCUCAAAUUCAGGAUAUGUUGUUGGUGAAGAUGGUAAUUAUAUGACCGAUACAACUGAUGCUCCUUAUGAUGGUUCAAAAUGUCUGAGUGCAGAGCCUAUUGGUUCUUCAAUUUUAAGUCUUCAUGGUGGAAGUGAUGAUGACUUGCAAACAAACACACAUGGACUUAGGAGCGCAUUGUUGGAUCAGCCUUCAGAUCACUUAUUUUUUAAUACUGAAACUGAAGAAUUGAUCUCUUCGGAAAAAAAUCAAAACGUCAGUGUCAUAGGGGGGUCAGAUCAGGGUUCACUUGUGGGAUAUGGAUCUUUAAUACAGGAAGAUUGUUUCACUGACUGCUGUAAUGAUGUUUCGUCUUUUAACAUCAAAGAUUUGAAUGAGUUGGUAGGUUGUGAUAGUUCGACAAUUUGUGGAGAGAACCAUCAAGACCAAUCAUGCUUAGCUGCUGAUUCAUUGGAAGUGGAAAACAUGCUGGCUACAAGUCAACUUAUUCCAUCAUCUCAAGACGAAACAUCAUAUUCUACAGACUGUGGGUCUUUGUCAGCAAAGGUUGGUGAUACUAUUUGUGACUUUGAGAAGCCAGAUCCAAGAAGUCCAUCAGGGAAUGUUUCUGCAGAAGAUAUCUUUGACACUGAAGUAGGUCAUGUUGAAAAUGUGUCUUCAUCAAUAGCUAUAGUGUCACAUUCUAGUCAAAUUUGUACCAUUGAUCUUCUCGAAGAGAGUAUGGUAGAAGCCAAAAAUAACAAGAAAACUUUGUUCUUGGCAAUGCAGUCCGUUAUCAACAAGAUGAAAGAAUUGGAAUUUCAAGAAGAAGCUGCAGAACAAGCCAAAAGGGAAGCUGCCAUGUGUGGUCCGGAUAUUCUUACCAAGGUGGAAGACCUUAGACAGAUACUGCAACAUGCAAAGCAAACGAAUGAUAUGCAUUCAGGAGAAGUUUAUGGAGAGAAGGCUAUUCUAGCGACUGAAGUGAGGGAGCUUCAAUCCCGUAUCCAGAAUUUGUCUGAAGACAGAGAUAAAUCUUUGACAAUUCUUAAAGAGAUGAGGCAAACUCUUGAAAUUAGACUAGCUGCAGCAGAAGAGGAGAUAAAAAUGGCCAAGCAAGAGAAGCUAGAAAAGGAAAAGUUAGCAAGAGUGGAUCUUGCAGAGCAAGAGCUAGCUAUGGAGAGGGUGGUUGAAGAAUCCAAAAGACUACAGCAACAAGCAGAGGAGAACUCCAAGUUACGGGACUUUCUCAUGGACCGUGGUCAUGUUGUUGAUAUAUUACAAGGAGAAAUUGCUGUUAUCUGCCAGGAUGUGAAAUUGCUCAAAGAACAGUUUGACGAACAUGUCCCUAUCAGCAAGUCCUUAUCCUCAAGUCAGACAAGUUGUAUUUUGGCUUCUUCAAGCUCAUCCAUUAAGAACCUGGGAUUUGAUCAGGUUCCUGAAAAUGUCAAGACAUCUGAGGCCAUGGACACUACAUGGUCAGCACCCUCAGUUGUAGACCAGGUGCAGAAGAGCAGCUCUGAAGAGAAGACAAGCGCAGCACCCUCAGUUGUUUCAGGUGAUGCCAAGAUCCCCCCUUUGGACGAUGAAUGGGAAUUAUUUGAUGUUGAGGUCGAAUUAAGCUGAAUCACUAAUUCUGAUAAAGCGAGUCGGAGUUUUGUUCAAGUCAAUAGGAUAAAGUAGUGUCUUGAUGCAGUGUGCUCGGCUUUUCUGAAUAUUGAUA